CCCACAUUCCGUCGUUUUUGUUUCUUUUCUCUAUCACUACUCAAGGCACUACCCGAAAUGCAGGGCAAUAACUCGGGCUUCAACUAUCGCCCGCCCCCCGCCUGGAGGGGAGGGGGAGAGCGAGAAGGUGGAGGCGGAGGAGCAGCACAAAAUCAGGGUCGACGCGGAGGCUCCAGGCCAUUUCGCGGACGUGGUGGAGGGGACCGACAAAACAAUAGGCACCAGCCAUAUCCGGCCCAACACUACCAAAGACAACAACAGCAGCAGUUCUCGGGAGGUGACGGUGUUAGUGCAGCACAGCAGGCUCAGCAAUAUCAGCAGCCGCAGCUGCUCCAACAGCAAUACUUGGCUGGACAGGACCCACAGAAUGCUGCGUAUCCAUGGCAGCAGCCACAACAGGCGUAUUACCAGCCUCUGCAAAUGGACCAGUCAGGGUCAAUACCACCUCAGCAAACGCUUCAUCAACAGCAGCAGUUACUUUUGCAGCAGCAGCAACAACAAGUUCAGCAGAGGAACCUGGCUAUGCUGCCGACGUUGUUAGCGAUGGCAGGGCAGCUAGGCACGUUCCUGACGCACCAACAGCAGCAGCAGCAGCUGCCGAUGCAGCAACAAUCAGGGUCAUAUGGUUAUGCAGACCCAUCAUCUAUUGCAUUAUUGGGAAGCGCGGCCAUGGAACCAUACACAGCAGCAGCGCAAACGAAGCCACCGGCGCCGUUUUCAUGCGAAAACUGCGAGAAGACGUUUGAAGUCGAAUCGCAGUAUCGAACGCACUGCAAACAGCAUGUGAAGUGCUCUGAAUGCGAGUUCGAAGCAUCUAAGAAGGUUGUGCGAGGGCAUGAGGAGGAAGUGCAUGCCAUUGUCGAUGGAGUCAAGAGGACGUUUGUGAGCAAAGAUACCCCAGAAGAGAUAGCUCAAUGGAUUCAGGAGCGGAAGAAAAAAUACCCAACGGAAGCGAACAUCCGUGCAAAGACAUUGGCGGAACAAGAGCGACACAAUCGAGGAGAUGUGAUACGUGAACCGAAAGGGCUUAAGGGCAAUCGGAAAGAGCGCGGACCGUUGCGGCAGAUGCACGUGGCUUCCACGCCAGUGGUUGAGGUCAAGCGCGAGGAACCGAUCAAAAACGGUCUCGGGCUGCUCACUGCAUACGCCUCCGACAUCUCUUCCGACGCCGAAGAACUCGCCCCGACCGAGGGCGCAGACCCCUUAUCAACAACUCCCAAACCUGACCCAACAUCCGACGCAUCCUCCCUCUCCUCAUCAGAUUCCUCCGACGAUGACGAAGAGGAAGCGACGGCACCCACACCCGACGCCGCGCACCCAACCCCGCAACGCCAACCGCGCAGCAUGCCAAUCUGCAAAUACUUCCUCCGCAACCGAUGCACAAAAGGCGAUAGCUGUGCUUUCCGGCAUGAGCGGCCGCCGCCAAAGACUGCCGAACAGAAGGAGGCCGCCAACGCUCGUCGGGCGGCGGCGAGUAGUGCGGCUGCAGCGGGGAGUAGACGGCCUUUGUUGAAGAUGCUCCUGGAAGCGGACAUCAGGAAGGAACAAAACACGAUCCUGCAGUGCGUUCGGUACAUCGUUCAGAAGGAUUUCUUCGAAACGAAAAACCAGCAGCAAACUGAGCAGAUGGAGCCUUAAAAAUCACACUCAUCUACCUCAUUCAUCAUCCAUCAUGCAUUACAUCACAUCGCAGUCUAGAAUGUACAUAGCAGCAAUUGUCAUCGUAGAAUCAACCUCAAAUCAUUGGCCAAGAGAAUGUAUUUGGAGGGCGAGGAGAAGGUUUAC